AUGCCUUACGGGAAGACUCAUAAGCUGCUCUCGGAGCACCUGGAUGAUACAGUGCUUAUCGAGAGUCCGUUCGAAGAAAUCACCAGAGAAGGAACGCAGUGCCGUUCUGUGCUACUAGCUCUAACUAAAAAUAAAUUCGUAGUAGUUGUUAGAAGGAAAGUACAAUCGAAUCCAAAACUAUACUACAACAGAAUAGAAUCUGAGCAUCCUCUUGAGGAAGUCCAUCUGUCUAUCUUUAAAAAAAGUCACAAGCAGAUCCUGAAGGCUUGCUUCCCAGGCAGAAUUGUGAAGUAUUUUGAACUUGGAGCCUUCAAUAAGAGAAAGAUAUUUUGGGACUUGUGGCGCAACCAUGUCAAAGAAUUGAAAAAGGAUUUUAAAAUAUGGCCGUUUACUCUAACUCCGCUAAUCACCUCGAUGUACGAUGACGGUAUUCCAAAUGAUUACGAUGAAACACCAUCAGGGGUCGGUGACAGCAAAGAAGAGGAGGUGCCAAAGUACGAGUUGAAGUGGACCAACAAGAACUUGUAUUUGGGGUCUAAACGGGAGGCGGAAGACAAAAUUCGCCCUCAGCCUAUACCAGGGCUUGGUAGGCCGGAAGAUAUCCAACUGUUCUACCUGAAGCCAGAGUACUUCGGAUGCUGGGACCAGGCAGAGCACUGGGUGCAGUGCGGAGAGAGCACUCUUGAUACUAACCGAGACACCAACGUCUACACAUACACUGGCGAACCUACUUCUAAUAUCACCUAUACUUCUAUAAUCACCACGUGGAAGUAAAAUAAAUCUACAUGGAGCAUAAGAAGAUGAUGAAAAGAAGACGAAGUCAACAUUGUGUGG